CUGCCUGCUGGGAGCCAAACCGAAAGCACUCCUGCUGAAACUGGACCCAGAGUCAGGGCUUGCUAGAGUGGGAAAUCACAGCUGGAGAGGGAUUCUAACAUCUACUGUGGCCCAGGGAUUCGGGGCUGAGUAGUAUAAGGGUAAGGUGGCUGCCCCCCCUAAGGGGGGGGGCAGGUCGGGGUCUCAGGCCUGGGUGCUGUCUGGCACCUAGAAGAUGCCCGUGCCCUGGUUCCUGCUGUCCUUGGCACUGGGCCGAAGCCCUGUGGUCGUUUCUCUGGAGAGGCUUGUGGAGCCUCAGGACACUGCACGCUGCUCUCUACCCUGAUCUAGCUCCUGUCACUGCCUCCAUCUGAACUGCCCUGUCUGGUCUGUCUGGUGCUGAUGGGGGAAGAGAAGAUGGAAGGGGACCAGAACUGGUUUUGUCUUCUGGGAGGAGCUUAGGAUAGGGAGCCUCAGCAGGAGGGCCUCUCCUGCCACCUCUGGGAUGGUGAUGUGCUCUGCCUGCCUGGAAGUAUCGAGUCUGCUCCAGGUCCUGUACUAGUGCCUACAAGCUUGCAGACAGAGCUGGUGCUGAGGUGUCGACAGGAGACAGACUGUGCCCUCUGUGUACGGGUAGUUGUACACUUGGCUGUGCAUGGGCACUGGGAAGAGCCUGAAGAUGAUGGAAAGUCUGGCCCAGAGUUUGGGGAGCAUAGGAAUGCCUCUCUCCAGGCCCAAGUCGUGCUCUCCUUCCAGGCCUACCCCACUGCUCGCUGCGCCCUGCUUGAAGUACAAGUGCCUGCUGUUCUGGUGCAGCCUGGGCUCUGCAGUAUUUGACUGCUUCGAGGCUGGCCUGGGGGCUGAGGUGCGAAUCUGGUCCUACACACAGCCCAGGUACCAGAAGGAACUCAACCUUACACAACAGCUGCCUGACUGCAGGGCUCUCGAAGUCCAGGACAGCAUCCAGAGCUGCUGGGCUUUGCCCUGGCUGAAUGUGUCUGCAGAUGGUGACAAUGUGCGUCUGGUGCUGGAUGUCUCUGAGGAGCAGCACUUUGGCUUCUUACUGUACUGGGAUCAGGUCCAGGGUCCCCCCAAACCCUGGCGGCACAGAAACCUGACUGGGCCACAGAGCAUUACCUUGAACCACACAGAUCUGGUUCCCUGCCUCUGUAUUCAGGUAUGGCCCUUGGAGCCUGACUCUGUCAGGACCAGCUUCUGCCCCUUCCGGGAAGAUCCCCGAGCACACUGGAACCUGUGGCACAUAGCCAGGCUGCAGCUGCUAUCCCCAGGGAGAUGGCAGCUGGAUGCACCAUGCCCUCUGCUAGCUGAGGUGGUACUGUGCUGGCAGGCACCAGAUCAGAGUCCCUGCCGGCCACUGGUACCACCCAUGCCCCGGGAAGAAGUUAUUGUAAAUAAGCCCCAUGAGUUCCCGUUGGUGAACGGCCACCCUAACCUCUGUAUCCAGGUCAGAAUGGUGAUCCAGAGCACUGGGCUGAGGCAGGUGAACAGCUUGGAGAAGGUACAGAUGCAAGAAUGCUUGUGGGCCGACUCCUUGGGACCCUUCAAGGAUGAUAUCCUGUUGGUCGAGAUGAGAAGCUCUCUGAACAACACAUCACUCUGUGCAUUGGAACCCAGUGGCUGUACACCACUGCCCAGCAAUGCCUCUACGAGAGCUGCUCACUUUGGAGAACAGCUGCUGCAAGAUUUCCAGUCGCACCAGUGUCUCCAGUUGUGGAAUGAUAAUCUGGGAGCACUAUGGGCCUGCCCCAUGGGCAAGUAUAUCCACAAGCGGUGGGCCCUGGUGUGGCUGUUUGGUCUACUCUUGGCAGCAGUGCUUUUCUUCUUCCUUCUCAAAAAGGGUGGCGUGAAAGAGGCCACCAGGGCCCGGGUGGCCCUGCUCCUCCACUCCGCCGAGGGCGCGGGCUUCGAGCGCCUGGUGGGCGCGCUGGCGUCGGCUCUGAGUCAGCUGCCGCUGCGCGUGGCCGUGGACCUGUGGAGCCGCCGCGAGCUGAGCGAGCACGGGGCCUUGGCCUGGUUCCACAAGCAGCGGCGUCAGACCUUACAGGAGGACGGCGUGGUGAUCCUGCUCUUCUCGCCCGGGGCUGUGGCGCAGUGCCAGCAGUGGCUGCAGGACCAGGCGUGGGCACCAGGCCCGAACGGCCCGCACGACGCCUUCGCUGCCUCGCUCAGCUGCGUGCUGCCGGAUUUCCUGCAAGGCCGGGCGGCCGGCAGCUACAUCGGGGUGUGCUUCGAUGGCCUGCUGCCCCCCGACGCCGUGCCCGCCCUGUUCCGCGCCGCACCUCUCUUCUCUCUGCCCUCGCAGCUGCCGGGCUUCCUGGGCGCCCUGCAGGGGCGCAGCGCCUCCCAGCCCGGGUGGCUCCGGGAGCGGGCGGAGCACGUGGCCCGCACCCUGCGACCCGCCCUGGACAGCUGCUUCUUGCCCGCCAGGGCCUCUCCAGCACGCACGGGGUGGGACCCGGGACCAGACCUCGCCUUAAAUAAAGACAUACUGCUUUCCUAGGGCAGUCGCCCACACGAGUCUCUCCUGCUCUCCAGCGGAGCCGUUAGGAUGGCCUUUAACCCCGUGACCCUGUAAAGCCGGGACAGGUGCAGCCCGGAGCUGCCU